AUGUUCUGAUCUGCCCCUCGCCGUUGUGAGAUUAUUAUCACACAUCGACAGGAUCUGAACGAAUGUGGAAACAUAAAGGCUGCUUUUGCAAAUUAAGUCUUGGUUUUACAUGUUUAGAUUGCAGUUUCUCUCCAAGCCAUCUGUACAGACAUCGCAAUAACGUGUAAGAGGUUUGGGUACCAUAUGAGAACAGUGGAGCUGAUCAUUCAAGCUGUACUGCGGAGUACACCAAGACCAAGGGACACUUUACAAUGCCAGUACUACCAAGUCAGGAGAUUGCCACCAGAUUCAAGGAGAAAUGGAUGAAGCUUCACCCAGAAGACCAAGACAAUGUGAAUGGUGCAGUGCACCUGGAUGACAGUCUCACCAGCCUCCAAUGGCUCCAGGACUUCACCAUAGUCAGUGUGAGUCUAGAAAGCCUACCGGGCUCCACUUGCCAGCCGUACCACCUGCCUCAGCCCAGCCACCUGCACCCUCAGGGCUCCGACUCCCCCUCCAGUCCACCUGCUGGGGACACUGCAGCCUCCGGCAUGCCUCAGAGUGCAGGCAGCCCCAUCACCUCCAGUGCCUCAGCCAACAGGACUAGUUACUACUCACUUCAACCGACAGUGACCAACAACCACCACCAGAUCACUGUGCCAGCCAAGUCCCUGGAGGAGGUAGAUUUCAAUACCAACCACGAGGUGAAGCCUCCCUACUCCUACGCCACACUGAUCUGCAUGGCCAUGCAGGCCGGCAAGAAGAACAAGAUCACACUGUCUGCUAUCUAUAACUGGAUCACAGAGAACUUCUGCUACUACAGACACGCUGAGACCAGCUGGCAGAACUCUAUCCGUCAUAACCUGUCACUCAACAAGUGCUUCAUGAAGGUUCCCAGGCAGAAGAAUGAACCAGGAAAAGGGGGAUUCUGGCAGAUUGACCCUCAGUACGCGGACAUGUUUGUCAAUGGAGUCUUCAAGCGCAAGCGGAUGUCAGCCAUCCAUUUCAACACCCAGGGACACAGCAAAACCCAAGGAUCAUCCCGUAACCGAAAAACCCAGGAGUACCACCAGCAUUUCCCCCAGGCCCACUACACAGUGUCCCACAGAGGGGCAGGUGCUGGGAACAGACGCAAACUUGGUGGCACAAAGUGGGAGACAGUCCAUAAGUCACCACUGUUGACACCGGAACUCAUGGAACCAGAGGCACUGAAGGGUGAACUAGACUGGGCCAUGGUGUUUGACGAUGUUCUGAAUGGGAGCAGCAAUAACUUUGAGGAUCUAGACAUUAACUUAGCUCUGAACUCCCUGGGCUGUAAGGUGGAUCUCUCCCAGCAGGAUCAAGGCCGGGCCUGGCACCUGGGGAGGUGGUGCAGCGGGGCUGAUCGGAACCACCAGCAGGCCUGCAGGUACAUGGAGGUGACCACCAUGGGCUGCUACAGCAUGGAGGAGAUCCAGCAGCACCUCAACCUGACUGGGCUGCAGCAGCCGCUCCCUUUGACGGUCCACCCACAGCACUUUGAGGAGCCGACACUGUUCCCUGAUGAGCAGCAGAGGCACCCCUGGGAGGAGCUGAAAGAGGAGGUGCAGGCAGUGCCUAUCACCCUGGAUCAUAGUCUCAGCUUCUGUGAAGGCUUCUUCACUGAGAUGCAGCCAUGGGGGACAGCAGAGUCUUAUAUGUGACACCCUCACCCAGCACCAGCCCCAAUACUGAACAAGCAGUCCAGCAGGAGGCCAGAGGACCUAUAGACUACUGUUUUGCUACAUUAGCAUUAUGGAUUUAUUCGGAGAAACAUCUGAGUCACAUUUACUGUGUUUUUUUUAUUUGCAUUUUCUAUUUGCUUUGUGAUUGUUUGCAUCUAUGAAACAAACAUGCUGUUUUUAUUGUAGUAUUGAAUGUCUGUUAUAGAACAAAACAAAUCUAUCCUAAAUUAGCAACCACUUCGUUUUACAUGAAGGGUUUAAUUCCCAAAAAAUGUUACACUACUUGUCAAAAGUUUUAGAACACCUACUCAUUCAAGGGUUUUUCUUUAUUUUUUACUAUUUUCUACAUUUUAGAAU